GCAAGCUAGGUGGGCCGGCUGGCAAAGGGCAAAGGAGAAACCAAUGCCCAUUUGUCACUAUUGAAGAAAUGUCAACAGUCUCACCCGAUCACAUCGACAGCUUUUAUCAGUCACUGGGUGUAUAAAUGGGAUGCAAACUCCAUGGGUAUUGGUUGAAGGGAUAAGGGUUUUGAGAUAUGGGUUCAGCUCCAGCUUCUGCUUUUCUCUGCAUAUUUGUUGUUCUCUGCUCAUAUGUGACAGUUAAUGGCGGUUAUAUCAAGUACAAUACUGGAGCUGGGAUUUUUGAAGGCAAAUUGAAUGUCCAUUUGGUUCCACAUUCACAUGACGAUGUGGGGUGGCUGAAGACAAUUGAUCAGUACUAUGUGGGAUCAAAUAACAGUAUUCAGGGCGCUUGUGUUGAGAAUGUGUUGGACUCGGUUGUGGAGUCAUUGCUUCGGAACCAAAAUAGAAAAUUUGUGUUUGCUGAGAUGGCUUUUUUCAGUAGAUGGUGGUAUGAACAAAGUGAGGAAAUACAAGAAACAGUAGGAAAACUUGUAGAUGGUGGCCAGUUGGAAUUCAUAAAUGGUGGUUGGUGCAUGCAUGAUGAGGCUACAGUCCAUUACAUUGACAUGAUUGACCAGACAACCCUAGGUCAUCGCUUGAUAAAGAAGGCGUUCAACAAGGCUCCUCGAGCUGGAUGGCAGAUUGAUCCAUUUGGACACUCUGCAGUUCAAGCUUACCUUCUCGGGGCUGAGCUCGGCUUUGAUUCUGUGCAUUUUGCUAGAAUUGAUUACCAAGACAGAGCAAAGCGCAAGGAGGAUAAAUCUCUUGAAGUAAUAUGGCGUGGGUCAAAAACCUUUGGUUCCACAUCUCAGAUAUUCACAAAUGCGUUUCCUGUUCAUUAUAGUCCUCCAAAUGGUUUCGGUUUUGAAAUCGAUGAUUUCUCCAUACCUGUCCAGGAUAAUCCACAUCUAUUUGACUACAAUGUUGAACAGCGAGUUAAUGAUUUUGUUGCUGCAGCUUUAGUCCAAGCAAAUGUGACACGGACAGACCAUAUUAUGUGGACAAUGGGGGAUGAUUUCCAGUACCAAUAUGCUGAGACCUGGUUCAAGCAGAUGGACAAACUAAUUCAUUAUGUUAACAAGGAUGGUCGGGUGAAUGCAUUGUAUUCUACUCCAUCCAUGUAUGUUGAUGCAAAACAUGCAACAAAUGAAGAAUGGCCACUCAAAACUCAUGACUAUUUCCCAUAUGCAGACAGGAUAAAUGCUUAUUGGACUGGAUAUUUUACUAGUCGCCCAGCUUUGAAGCGAUAUGUUCGAAUGCUAAGUGGAUAUUAUUUGGCAGCACGCCAGCUUGAAUUCCUGGCUGGAAGGAGCUUGACUGGUCCCAACACUUUUAGUUUGGGGGAUGCUUUAGGAAUUGCACAGCACCAUGAUGCUGUAACUGGUACUGCUAAACAACACACAACAAAUGACUAUGCAAAGCGCCUGGCAAUUGGGGCUUCUGAGACAGAAGCCACUGUGAAUUCAGCUCUUUCAUGCAUAGCUAGUAAAAACUCAGGUCAAUGUGCAGCAUCCACAUCGUCAUUUAGCCAGUGCCAAUUACUCAACAUAAGUUUCUGUCCACCAACUGAGGAAGAUAUUCCAGAAGGGAAGAGUUUGGUUGUAGUGGCAUAUAAUCCUCUUGGAUGGAAGCGUACUGACUUUGUGAGGAUACCGGUCAAUGAUUCUGACUUUGUUGUCCAAGAUUCUACUGGCAACACGAUUGAGGCACAAUAUCUUAAGGUGGACAAUGUUACAAUCAACUUAAGGAACUUUUAUACCAAGGCCUACUUAGGCAGGUCACCAAAAAAUGUCCCUAAGUUCUGGCUUUUGUUUCAAGUAUCUGUGCCACCUCUGGGAUGGAACACAUACUUCAUUUCUAAAGCAUCUGGAAAAGAAAGUAGCAGAAGUGGAUAUAUCACUGUGAUGGACAGUCCUCAGAAUGAGUCCAUUGAAGUUGGACCUGGAAGUUUGAAGAUGUCUUUUUCUUCUACCACUGGACAGCUUGAACGGAUGUUUGAUUCUAAGACAGGGGUUGAUUUACCAAUACAGCAAAGCUAUCUCUGGUAUGGUUCAAGUGAUGGUGGAUUGGAUUCCCAGCCUUCUGGUGCAUACAUUUUCCGGCCUAAUGGUGCUCCUCCAACAGUUGUUUCAAGAUCAGUGCCCUUGAAGGUCAUGCGUGGGCCACUAGUUGAUGAAGUCCAUCAACAGUUCAGUCCAUGGAUCUACCAGGUGACCAGACUUUACAAAGACAAAGAUCAUGCUGAAGUUGAAUUCACUAUUGGUCCGAUCCCUGUGGAUGAUAGUGUUGGAAAAGAGGUCAUUACACGAAUGACAGCAAAUAUGGUCACAAACAAGGUGUUUUAUACAGAUUCUAGCGGAAGGGAUUUUCUAAAGCGGGUUCGGGAUUAUAGAGAAGACUGGUCUCUUUCAGUGAAUCAGCCAGAAGCAGGGAACUACUAUCCAAUUAAUCUUGGAAUCUUUACCACGGAUAAGAAAUCAGAAUUUUCUGUCUUGGUUGAUCGUGCCACUGGAGGAUCUAGCAUCAAAGAUGGACAAGUAGAGCUAAUGCUUCAUAGGCGUAUGAUCUUUGAUGACGGUAGAGGAGUGGGUGAAGCUCUUGAUGAGACCACAUGUGUUGAAAAUACAUGUGAAGGACUUACAGUUCGGGGAAAUUAUUAUAUGAGCAUCGACCUGCUAGGGGAUGGUGCACAGUGGCGUAGAACAACUGGCCAGGAAAUUUACUCACCGCUUCUCUUAGCUUUUACACAUGAGAAGUUGGAGACCUGGACAGCUUCUCACUUGACAAAGGGAACAGUAAUGGAACCCAAUUACAGUUUACCUCUUAAUGUUGCUGUGAUUACUCUUCAGGAGUUGGAUGAUGGAAGCGUUCUCCUCCGUCUGGCACAUUUAUACGAGGCUGGAGAAGAUGCUAAAUAUUCAACAUUGGCAAAGGUUGAACUCCAGAAGAUGUUUAGAGGAAAAAAGAUAAAGGAGAUAAGGGAAACGAACUUGUCAACUAACCAAGAGAAGUCUGAGAUGAAGACUCUGAAGUGGAAAGUUGAAGGUGACAAUGGAGAUGAAACUGCCCCUCUUAGAGGUGGCCCUGUUGAUAAUUCAACUCUUGUUGUAGAGCUUGGUCCAAUGGAGAUCCGCACCUUCUUGUUAGAAUUUUAAGGAGUUUUCCUUUUUGAUGUAAUCUUCAUUUGAGUUGGGACUGAACUGUUAAAUAAUCCAUGGAGGUCCUUCAUACCUUUAUUGUAUGUAAGUGACUGUAGUCCAUAGAACCACUGCCUUCCAUGCUAGGAUUAUUUCACCUAUUUUUCUCUAUCUUCCCACCAUGCAUCCUGCACUGUAACUGUGAUCUUCCUUCAUCAGUUAGUGGAAGAAGUUUAGAUGCCAUACUUAUGGCCAGUUUCUCUUAA